UACAAAUGGUAAUGCAACUUUAAGAAAAAUGGCCCUGUCAGCCCAACAGAUAUCCAGAUGGCUCGACUCAAGUAAGUUGAGUAGCUUCAUGACUGCUCUGCAACUCAGAAAACAUUUUCAGAUACCAGGAACAACAUUGUCGUGUGGCGUUUUUGCUCAGCCCCAUGUGUCCUCUGAGGGUUGCUUUCUCCAGUGGGGUUUUAGGACUUACAGGACUUCCUCCCUGUGGAAUAGUUCCCAGUCUGCCGACUCAAGUAGGCAAGAGAUUAAUUGUGCCCAAAACACUUUGCUUCCUUCCGUGAAUGAGCCGUCACAGAGGACACCAAAGAUACCCGGCCUUGAUUCUGAGAUGUCUCUAGAAGGUAAUUUUCAGCUUUCGGAAAACUCACCCCUNCAGCCGAUUUCUGAUGAGGAGGCUGUUCAGAUUAUCGCAGGCCCUCCUUUGCCCCCAUCUUCAGUCACACUUCGAGACUAUGUGGAUCAUUCCGAAACUCUAAGGAAGUUAGUGCUUCUAGGAGUGGAUUUAUCCAAGAUAGAAAAACAUCCCGAUGCAGCCAACCUCCUCCUGCGACUGGAUUUUGAAAGAGACAUUAAGCAAAUGCUCCUGUUUCUUAAAGAUUUGGGCAUAGAGGAUACCCAACUGGGACCAUUCCUGACAAAAAACUAUGCUUUUUUCUCUGAAGACCUUGAAAAUCUGAAGACCAGGGUGGCUUAUCUACAGUCAAAAAAUUUCAGUAAGGCGGAUAUUGCACAGAUGGUCAGAAAUGCACCAUUUCUUCUGAGUUUUUCAGUGGAGAGAUUGGAUAACAGACUGGGAUUUUUUCAGAAAGAACUUGAACUUAGUGUGAAGAAGACUCGAGAUCUGGUAAUUCGUCUCCCAAGGCUACUAACUGGAAGUCUGGAGCCUGUGAAGGAAAACAUGAAGGUUUUUCGGCUUGAACUAGGUUUUCAGCAGAAUGAAAUUCAACACAUGAUCACCAAAAUCCCAAAGAUGCUGACUGCAAAUAAAAGGAAACUCACUGAGAUUUUCGACUACGUGCACAAUGUGAUGUGUGUGCCCCACCACAUCAUCGUCAGGUUCCCGCAGGUAUUUAAUACAAGGCUGUUUAAAGUCAAAGAAAGACAUUUGUUUCUUGCCUAUUUAGGAAGAGCACAGUAUGACCCGACAAAACCUAACUACAUCUCUUUAGACAAAUUGGUAUCUGUGCCUGAUGGAAUAUUUUGUGAAGGGAUGGCCAAGGCAUCAGUACGGGACUUUGAAAAAUUCUUAAAAACUCUUUAGUUUUUGAUGUAUGGUAGAAUGUAAUGAUGUAAAGUGAAUAUAUAUAUGAAUAAAUUAACAUAUUUUUAAAUAAA